CUUCUGUUUGGUGACGUCAAACCACGUGAAAGACAUUUGUUUGUCAACAAAGAGUUUUCGGGACUGAAAAAUCCAGUGAAAUUAUGUAUAUUUGCAAAAUUUACAUCCCCCACGAGUACUACGCAAGCCAUGAAGACACAUCGCUUUAUGGAUUCUGCGAGGAGACCAAGGAAUUCACCACAUUUUACAUAGUUGACAAGCAAAACACAGGACAGCCAGGAAACAGUGAAGCUUCAAUUAUCGGCAGUGUUUCUACCAAUUCCGACAAGAAAUCCCCAAAAUCUGGAGAAAGAUCUCAUCACAAGCCAUUCUGUGAGUUCACCUCGAGUACAGCGUGCCAAAAUAUACAAAUCCGGUCAGUGGAAUUGGCAGGAAUUCCCGAGGAAAGUCUUCAAGUACAAUUGAUUCUCUAUCAUGCCAAAAACUUUAUUUACCUCUCAAAGAACGAGUCAAUUGAAGCUGAUUCUAGGAAUGAAAUUGUUAGAUUAGCUUAUUAUUUGAGGAUCCACAAAAAUCACGGGUCAAAAGUAUCAGAGAACAAGUGUUUUAGCUUGGUUCUGAAGCUUCUGGCACUCUUCGGGAUGAUCUUCAAGCCCAUCUUUCACAAGAGUGCGGUGGCUUAUCACGCUGAGGAGUGGUAUGAUAACCUGAAGAAAAAGGGCUUAAAGAAAGGUCACACUUGGACAAUUGCCUUUGAUGUUGCGGCCGGAUUAUCGAUCCUCAUUUGGCUGCAUUAUAUUGGAAAUCCUGCGGAAUAUCUCCUGGAAUUUGCCUACACUAUCGUUUACUACUUGCGUGGCCUUCUCACGAGUCUCCGGGGAAGUCCAGCCGGCCUGAAGCUCAACGUCCAGCUCAACCAUUUCCUCCUGAAGUGCUUCAUCUAUCAUGUGGAUCUGUGGGCCACGUUUCUGGAAAUCGUGUCACCUGCGAUUCACUACCUUUUCCUGCCACUGUCGAUUCUUGGGCUGUGCGGCUUAUCAUUCCAAUUGGCCCUUCUAUCGGACUUACUGGUGCUCAUUACGCUGCACGCGCAUUGUUUCUACAUCUAUGCGGCUGUGCUGUACCGCUUGGAGAUCGUGGGCAUUGGUGCACUGUGGAGAGUCGUUCUGGGCAGGAGGAAGAAUGUCCUGAAAAAUCGUGUUGAGGCGUUUGAGUACAAAAACUCACAACUCUACCUGGCAACGCUCUUCUUCGCCAGUCUAUUGUUUCUCCUGCCCACUGUGUUAGUGUACUACGUGGUCUUUGCGACAUUGCGAUUUGGCACGUACUGCAUCACAUACCUUCUGCUCAUUAUACGAAGACGAAUCCUCCAUUUGCCGGUGGACACAAUCAUGCGAUGGCUCUUGGGUGUCUACAUCUCGCCAGAUAAUGUUGAGGUGAAGAUCAUGAAUGCUGAUCGUGGAAAUGUUGACGGUUUUGGCGGGAGCGUAACAAUGCUGCUUAUCAAGCCGCUGCCCUCUUGGCCGACCAGCGCGAUGAUUGAUUCCCAGAGUGGCGACAAUGCGUACACAAUCGGGCAAUUCUUCAUGCGGCUGAUCAAAGGACAACUGAUGGGAUCAAUUCAGCCAAAGUUCUCAGUGUGACGCAGAAGAGCUUUCUUCACCCACUCGCAUACUGUUGUUGUUCAAAUUGUAAUUGUGAGUGCGUGCUGUAAUUAAAAAAGCUGGAGAAAGAG